AUGUCAUUCCUUGGAUUUGGCCCCUCCGUCGACGUUUCAAUCGCCGUAAACGACGAACAAGAUAAACGGACAGCAGAAGUAAAAGACCAUAAAGACCGUAAAUCCUACUGUCCGAUUUAUUACGACGGCGAGAAUGUCACUGGUCAGGUCUCUGUGAGGGUUAAGGAUGGCAAGAAGGUCACACAUGAUGGAAUUAGAGUUGAGUUUAUCGGCACUAUAGAGCUUUUCCACGAUAAAACAAAUCAUCACGAUUUCCUCGCACUCUCCCAGGAUUUGGCUGGUGCAGGUGACUUACGCUCUUCGCAAACAUUCGACUUUAACUUUAAGAAUGUGGAAAAAGCUUAUGAGUCCUAUCACGGAAUUAACGUUAAUCUCAAGUAUCUCAUCAGAGUCACUCUCUCGCGAAGGAUGAAUGAUGCUGUCGGUGAGAAGGAACUCUACGUACACUCACACCGUAUGCCACCUGAGAUAAACGAUGUUAUCAAGAUGGAAGUUGGUAUCGAGGACUGCCUCCAUAUUGAGUUCGAGUACAGCAAAUCCAAGUACCAUCUCAAAGACGUCAUCGUUGGAAAGAUAUUCUUCCUCCUCGUUAGAAUUAAGAUCAAGCACAUGGAGCUCUCAAUAAUUAAGCGUGAGAGCACAGGGAGUGGUCACAACCAAUACAACGAGUCAGACACUAUCACCAAGUAUGAGAUCAUGGAUGGUGCACCCGUCAGAGGUGAAACUAUACCAAUACGGCUAUUUCUCGGUGGAUUUGAAUUGACACCUACGUUCAGAGACGUCAAUAAGAAAUUUUCAGUAAGAUACUACCUCAAUCUAGUUCUCAUAGACGAGGAGAAUAGGAGGUACUUCAAACAACAAGAAAUAACAAUCUACAGAGACGAGGAGCUCUCGUGA